UAAACAGCAAUAACUUUUUUAUUGUCAAUGAGUGUGGUAUUUGAACGAGAAAGAAAUAAAAAUAAAGUAAAAGAAACACACAAAUUACUAGUGUUAUCGAAUAAAUCGUGUAAUUAAAAAAAAACGAAAAUAUAAUAAGAAAAAAACAAAAUUAAUUUGCUAGCUAUUUCUAUAAAAAAUUGCCAGUAAUUCAGGAACAAAUUUCUCAAUAAGAUAACAACAAAAAAAUCAAAUUAGAUUCUAGUUAACGCAAGAAUAAAAAAGAAAAAAAAAACAAGACAAUUGAAAAAAAAAACUAGUGUGCGUGAUUAAAUGUUGAUGUAAUAGAAAAGCAAACAAGAAUAGCAAAAACAACAAGUAAACCACAACAAAAAUAAUAAUAAUUACAAGAACAACAAACCUUAGACAAUAUUUGUGUAAUUAACUAAGGGUAGUGGACAUAUAUACAUACAUGUACAUAUACAGGUGGUAGGGUACACUUGCAGCAGGGAAUAAAUGGCUGAAAUUAAAACGUAAUAAACGUUUGUUCCAUUAAAGCUUUUAUUACCCCAAACUUGGUGGUGUUAUCCCCCGCUUCCCAGUAAUCGAACAAAAUACAAAAACAAAAGUGAGAAAAAACAAGAGUGCUCUUUUCCCCAAAAGAGAUCUCCCCCCAUAAGCUUUGAUAUGUUUAAAAAUAUUUGCCGAUCUACAAAUCUAGUACGUCAAACUACACAGAAUACGGCCACUAAGGGAGUCAAUACAACCAGUGCUCAGAACUUAAACAGCAACAAUAGUAGUAAUCUUUUAUUAAUAAACGCUCAACAACAAGGUACAACGAGCUCAACAGCACGUUGUCUUCUUAGUACAUCAGCUAGUGUUUCUACAAAAACAACAUCACCAUCAUCAGCAGCGGCAGCUGCUAUCGCCUCAAACGUUGUAACGCUAAGACGCAGCAAGUCACAAACCCAUUUUACUUUACUACCACGUCUUUCACGUUUUCGUACCAUGUCUACGGGCAGCGCUGCAGGUGCUACCGGUGGUAGUUCUCAAGUAGAUAAACCAAAAUUUACAAAUCGUUUGGCUCAGGAAAGAUCACCUUAUUUGUUACAACAUGCUCAUAAUCCCGUCGAUUGGUAUCCUUGGGGUGAUGAGGCAAUUGAAAAGGCUAGAAAUGAAAAUAAAUUGAUUUUUCUAUCGGUGGGCUAUUCCACUUGUCAUUGGUGUCAUGUUAUGGAACAUGAAUCGUUCGAAAAUGAAGAGGUGGCUGCUAUAAUGAAUAAACAUUUUGUGAACAUUAAGGUGGAUCGUGAAGAAAGACCCGAUAUAGAUCGUAUCUAUAUGCAGUUUGUCUUAAUGAUGAAUGGCAGUGGUGGUUGGCCCAUGAGUGUGUGGUUGACCCCAGAUUUGGCGCCCAUAACGGCGGGUACAUAUUUUCCACCACAUGAUCGCUGGGGCAUGCCCUCCUUUAAAACUGUUCUAAAAGCCAUAGCCUCUAAAUGGAUAGCCAAUGAGGAACAGUUGAAAUCCACCGGUCUUGAAGUUAUAAGCGCCAUACAAAAGUCUCUCAGUGAGAAAUCUACUGAAACAGUAUUUGAACCGGGCAGUGCCGAUGCCAAAUUACAGGAAGCUUUGAAAAUAUUUUCCCAACGUUUUGAUGUUGAGUUUGGUGGCUUUGGCAAUCAUCCCAAAUUUCCCGAAGUAGCUAGACUUAAUUUUCUCUUUCAUGCUUAUAUUGUUACUAAAAAAGUGGAUAUUUUAAAUAUGGCCGUGGAUACUUUACAUCACAUUGGCCGUGGUGGCAUACAUGAUCAUGUAUUUGGUGGUUUUGCCCGCUAUUCGGUGGAUCGCAAAUGGCAUGUUCCACACUUUGAGAAAAUGCUAUAUGAUCAGGGUCAAUUGCUGGCUGCUUAUGCUAAUGCGUAUAAAUUGACCAGAGAUGAAACUUUCCGAGAAUAUGCUGAUGGUAUUUAUCGUUAUAUAACGACUGAUCUACAACAUCCAGCUGGUGGUUUCUAUGCUGGAGAAGAUGCUGAUUCGUUGCCCAAGGCUGAAGAUUCGAAGAAAGUAGAGGGCGCCUUUUAUGCCUGGACUUUUAAGGAAAUACAAAAAGCUAUAGAAGAUAAUAAGAACAAAUAUAGCAAAUUUAAUAUGUCUGCCGAAAAGAUUUUCGAAAUAUAUAGUCAUCAUUAUGAUGUUAAGCCUUUGGGUAAUGUUGAUCCAUCUAGUGAUCCUCAUGGUCAUUUAAAUGCCAAGAAUAUAUUAAUUGUAAGAGGUUCGGUUGAAGAAACUUGCAAAGAAUUCUCUUUGGAAGAACAACAACUAAAUGAAAUUUUACAAAUAACUAAUGGUGUAUUAAAUGAUAUUAGGAAACAGCGUCCCAGACCCCACUUGGAUACUAAAAUUAUUUGCUCUUGGAAUGGUUUAGUUUUAACGGGACUCUGCAAGUUGGCCAAUUGUGGUGGUGCAAAACGUCCAGAAUAUAUGGCAACCUCCGCAAAAUUGGUUAAAUUUAUGCAUGAAAAUUUGUAUGACAAAGAAAAGAAACUCUUGAAAAGAUCUUGCUAUGGUGUGGCUACAAAUGAUACCACUUUACAGGAAAACUUAGAGGCCGAGCAAAUUGAUGGUUUUCUGGAUGAUUAUGCCUUUUUGAUUAAAGGUUUGUUGGAUUAUUAUAAAGCCUCUUUGGAUCCUUUUGCUUUGCAAUGGGCCAAAGAAUUGCAAGAAGUACAGGAUAACUUAUUCUGGGAUUCCGAACAUGGUGCUUAUUUCUAUUCAAAGGCUAAUUCGCCAAAUGUGGUGGUGCGUUUAAAGGAUGAUCACGAUGGCGCUGAACCUUGUGGCAACAGUGUGGCAGCACGUAAUCUCAUUUUACUUUCACAUUAUUUCGAUGAUGACACUUAUGCUCAACGUGCUUCCAAAUUAUUUGAAUUCUUUUCGGAUCAACAGCCUUUUGGUUAUGCUCUACCCGAAAUGUUGUCUGCUCUAAUGCUGCAUGAAAAUGGUCUAGAUUUGGUGGCUGUUGUAGGACCAGAUUCUGAAACCACAAAAAAAUUUGUGGAAAUAUGUCGUAAAUACUAUAUACCCGGUAUGAUUAUUGUCCAUGUUAAUCCUCAAGAUCCCGAACAUGCCUACAAUCAACGUGUACAACAGAAAUUUAAAAUGAUCAAUGGUCAAACUACCGUUUAUAUAUGUCAUGAUAAAGUCUGUCGUAUGCCCGUUACGGAUCCCAUUAAAUUGGAGGAAAAUUUAACUGAAAAUUUCUUUAAAGGCAGAGUUUAAAUAAGCUUUAAGAAUAAUGAGAUUAAUAACUACAUUAUAAGCUUGUAGAUUAUUGUGAACUGUUGUAUGUUUUUUUUGUGCCUUUUCUUUGGAAAAAGUAAUGCUUAGUUUUUAGCUAGUCUCGAAAUAGUUUUGGUUAUAGUACUUGUUCUAUAUACAUAUUUUUUUAUGGUGUAAUUAACGUAAACACAAAUUUGUAUUAUUAAUAAUUUGACCUUAAAGUUGUUUGUUACCAUUUUGUUAAUUAAAAUGAUUAAGAAACUAAAUAUGUUAUAAAAAGUUUUUUAUGAAAAAACUUUUUCUUCUAGAUAUUUUAUCUAAAAUUGUGUUAUUAU